ACGAAGGGGCCACGAGGGCCCCGUGGAAUUGUGCCUAGGAAAACAUGGAGUGUCCACAUCUUGCUCAAAGCGUCCAAUUCGGCGGUAACGACGUAGAAGCAAGCUGUACGAAGGAUCUACCGUUCGUCUGUGCAGUAUGCGGAACCGAGAAGAGUACUUGGUUGUGCCUCUACUGCGGAGCGGUCCACUGCGGACGAUACGUGUCCGGCCACGCGUUGCAGCAUCACGAGCAGAAUAGUCAACACUGUGUUUGCAUCGACUGCGAGAAUCUAGCAGUAUUCUGUUACAUGUGCGACGAGUACGUCGUGAACGACACGACGAAUGGCCAGAUCGAGAAGAUCCGUCGCAUCACCUUCCGGAAGGAUGAACACAAGGAAAACGAGGAGAACUGGAACACGUCACCGCCUACGACGCCGUCCUCGAGGAGAGAGAACAGCGACAACGACACCGAUGCGGACGCUCUAUGGAAAGCGGAAGUGGUCGUGCGGAACCUUCGACCGAGAACGGCGCGGAAGAGGCUACACUCGUUGGACGGCACGAGUGGGGACAAUCGGCCGGCGACCAAACGUAGAAGCUCCAAGAUAACCAAAGAGAAGAAGGUCGUCGGCCUAAGGAAUCUCGGGAACACGUGUUUCAUGAACGUCGUGUUGCAGUCGUUCAACAACAUCAGUCACUUCUGCGAGUAUCUCACGCAGAUGCCGUGUCUCGAGGGUAUACCGUUCGACGAGUCGCCGACGCACAGGGGGCGAAUUGUCACGCCUGGUCGGGCGAAAGAGCUAAGCAUGAGCGACGCCCUUCUGGCCGAGGAGCUCAGGAAGGUUCUGCUUGGCCUGAAUUUGGGCGGUUCGAACGGCCAGGCGAUCUCGCCGGAAUGUCUUUUCCUCGUAAUAUGGAAAGUCGUGCCGCGAUUUCGUGGUUACCAACAGCAAGACGCCCAUGAGUUUCUCACCUAUAUGCUGGACAGACUGCACACGGAACUGUUGCAAUUGCUGCCCCGACUGGGACACGAGCCACUCGGUCUACGUGGCAAGCAAAGCAUCGUCACAGCUGUGUUCGGGGGCACUCUUCUUAGCGUGGUCCAUUGCAUGAACUGCCGUACAGAUUCCAAGACGCACGAGCCCUUCCAGGAUCUCUCAUUGGAUAUACCGGACAGACUGCAAAGACGAACGAAAGAACAGGAAGAGGUCUGUAGUCUCACCUACAGCCUGACGAGAUUUUUCAAAGUCGAGGAGUUGGCUGAUAGCGAACUCUACUUCUGCGACAAUUGCAUGGGAAAGCAAAGGUCCACCAAGAGGUUCUGGAUACACAGGCUGCCUAAUGUGUUGUGCCUUCACAUUAAAAGAUUUAGGUGGUGCAAUUCUUAUCGUUCGAAGGUGGAUACGCAAGUGGAUUUCCCCAUGAAAUCGCUCGACAUGUCUGCAUUUACGGUACGCGGCGUCAGUGGGACGAAGUUGGGCGGGUCGAAUAGUCACCUGUACGACUUGGCUGCCGUUAUCGUGCACCAUGGUUCAGGUGCCGGAACUGGACACUACACUGCCUUCGCCGUUCACGACGGACAAUGGUUUCACUUUAACGAUAGCUCAGUACGACCAGCGACCACGGACGCAGUCGCCAAAUGUAAACCUUAUAUUCUGUUCUACGUGCGGAAAGAGUUCUCCAUUCCACCCCCUUUGUGACGUCGUUUCCCCGGCCAAUCCCGUCCCGACGGCGCGAGCUUCGACGACGACGACGACGACGACGACGACCAAACGAAUAAGAAGUAAGCGAAAUUCGACUGCGAAGCUGAGGCGGUGCAUACACAGUAAACGGCCAAAAACAGAAGAAUCACAAGACUCACGCUGUUUCAAGGUUUCUAAAAGAGGAACGGGGAGAUCUUCGCCCACUUUCCUACCCCUCCCGCAAAAAAGAAUCAUCGUUUAGCAUGGUUAAGUAGUUUACUCUCAUACAGAAGUUCUAUCGCGUACCCAAUUGAGCCAUAAAGCAUGAAUUUCGCCAAUCAGUUCUCUGUCGGAGGUUCAAUUUCGACAUCGCUCGACAUCGUAGAGCAACUUGCCACAUACGUGUGAAAGCCAUUGGCACGAUGCACGAGCGUGACAGCCGAAAACCGAUCCGAGUCCACUUCUCCCCCGUCCCCUCCCACCCCCGUCGUUCGAAGCGAAACAAAGCCUUUAUUGUCCGCGAAUGGGCGACUAGUAAUUUCAUUUAAUAUUCCAUCCUAUUGAUUUUACACCCCCGUAACUUACGAGAGCUUACCCGGUCUCCUGGUAAAUUCGAAUGCAGCCCCUUCCAUGGUAGGCAAAAACACAAUUAGCUCGUGAUGAAUACCGAUCGACCGUUUCCGUGAACAUGUAGGGGCAUAAACCACGGGGCCGAGCUUCCUUUCCUUUUUUAGAAACGGAGGAGAGAAGAAAAGAAAAAUGAGUAACUCGAGGCGUAUCGCGGAAACGCGUUGCCUUUAGCGUUGGAUUUUCUUUGUGCUCCUUUUCGCCGGUGGUCGUUGACCACCUACUCCCUUCGGCGAAUCGAUUGAACCUCCUCCCGGCCGUGUAGCGGAAUAACUCGUAACGCGUAACCUCGUCUAGUUUUAACGCGAAAACGACUGGUCUUCUCGGUAGAUAGAUUUUUUCUAGGCUUAGCGCGGCAUCGUUGUUUCGAGGGAGCUGAUGAACGAAAAGAUACCAUGUAUGUAGAGCCAGCCCGAUUCUGUUUGUUCCGAAAGAGAACGAAAGAAACAAUGCGGAAAUGUGUGACCCUCAUCGUAAAACUUGGGAUACUUAAACAAGAAAGAGAGGAAAUAGUACCGAGAUGUAUUACACCUAUCACGGAAAUCCACGUCUCACAUUAACGCAGGAUCAUUUACAUGGUGUGUGUGUGUGUGUGUGUGUGUGUGUCGGCAAUAUACACGUAUGCAUGCAUGUAAUAUGUAUAGAAACACGUUCUCUCUUUUUCCGCUCCCCCCUCCCUUCCCUUCCCCUGCCCACGAUCCCUCACUUAACCCACGGUUCUCGAAGGCUCGACGACUCUUAUGUGAUUAUUUAAAGACUUAUUUUUUCUAUAAUGGUAAACGAUAAUAACGACGAUAAGUUAACAAAGCGUAGCGAAGAAACGUUUUAUUAAGGCGAUAAACACUCGAUAAUGCGCAUCUUCGGCAAAAGACUCACUCGUAUGACGAAUAAGACAAAAAAAAAAUGAUGGAAGUAAGCGUGUAACACUAUUAUUGAGAAUAAGUGAGAAUAUGUACGAACGACGUAUAAAUAAAGAACACGAAC